AUGCAAAUUUUCGUCAAAACCCUUACAGGUAAGACCAUUACCUUGGAGGUUGAGUCCUCCGACACCAUUGACAACGUCAAGUCCAAGAUCCAGGACAAAGAGGGUAUCCCACCAGACCAACAAAGAUUGAUCUUUGCCGGUAAGCAAUUGGAGGAUGGUAGAACUUUGUCUGACUACAACAUCCAAAAGGAGUCCACUCUUCACUUGGUUCUCAGAUUGAGAGGUGGUGGUAAGAAGAGAAAGAAAAAAGUCUACACCACUCCAAAGAAGAUCAAACACAAGCACAAAAAGGUCAAACUCGCUGUCUUGACUUACUACAAGGUUGACCAAGAUGGUAAGGUUGAGAGACUCAGAAGACAAUGUCCAGCUGAGACCUGUGGUGCCGGUGUCUUCAUGGCCAACCACGGUGACAGACAAUACUGUGGUAAGUGUCACUUGACUGUCAAGCCAGAAUAA